UUGUCGGUGUUUUCUGUUUAUUUAAAACAUUUUUAACAACCUUUUCAUUACUGUCUUGUUAAAAUAAUGUAAACACGUAGUCUAGCAUAUGGAACUGUGUAUUUUACCUAAAUUGGAUUAAAUAAAUCAAGUUUUCUGUUCAACAUUAUCUUGCCUUAUGCAUAUUUACUUUGAUAUAGUUUGUUUUCUACCAGAAGCAUGACGCACGUGCCAACAGGGAAACUAAUUGACACGGGACCAGUGACACGAGGCCCUUCCUAUGAAAACCAUUCCCUAACUACAAUACCAAAUGGGACGACAUGUGAAGGAGUAUUUGAUUUCAACACCGGCAAUAAAGGAGACCUCCCGUUUAAGAAAGGAGAUACACUUGUAGUUAUUCAAAGAACUCGUGAUCCCAACUGGUAUAGAGCACAGAAUAGUAAAGGGGAAUCGGGGAUGGUUCCUCUCAAUUACAUCACACAAUCAAACAAAGCAGCUCCGGCUGUAAGACACAAAGAAGUAAAGCUCACUGCUAUGCCUUGGUUCCAUGGCAAGAUCACCCGCAGUGACGCUGAGGACCUUCUAACCCCUCGUAAAGAUGGAUUAUUCCUGGUACGCGAGUCAACCAACUACCCCGGUGACUACACCAUGUGCGUUAGCUUUGCUGGGGAGGUGGAACACUACAGGGUUAUAUUUAAGGACAACAAAGUUACAAUCGAUGAAGAGGAAUAUUUUGAGAACCUUACAAAACUAGUUGAGCAUUAUGAACGCGAUGCUGACGGCUUGGUUUGCACGUUAACCCAACCAUUGAUAAAGAAGGGGGGGCACGAGUAUUCGGUGGAUACUGAGGAGUUUAGAAAAAGUGGUUGGGCCAUCAACUUUACUGACCUCAAACUGGGGACAAUUCUCGGGAAAGGGGAUUUCGGUGACGUAUAUGAAGGAACGUAUAAAGAUCAGAAGGUUGCGGUGAAGUCAGUGAAAGAUCGAUCGAAAGCAGCUCAAGCUUUCCUGGCUGAAGCUUCCGUUAUGACCCAACUCCACCAUAAGAAUCUGAUCAAACUUCUUGGUGUGGUAAUCCCACAAACCAUGUCCAACGAUCCUAUAUACGUUGUGUUGGAGUUCAUGACCAAAGGGGCGAUGUUGGAGUAUUUGAGGUCAAGAGGUCGCGCGCUCGUUACCAGCAACGAUUUGUGGAAGUUUGCAAAAGACAUAGCACUAGGUAUGGAAUAUCUUGAAAACAAACAGCUUGUUCACCGAGAUCUCGCGGCUCGUAACAUCUUAAUAUCGGAGGAAUGUGUGGCGAAGGUGUCGGACUUUGGACUGGCACGAGACGCCUCGUUUAACUUGCAAGGAGGAAAGUUCCCGGUCAAGUGGACGGCACCUGAAGCUCUUAAGGAAGGGAAAUUUUCGAAUAAAUCUGAUGUAUGGAGUUAUGGAAUAACUUUGUGGGAGAUGUGGUCGUUUGGUAGAGUGCCUUACCCUAGAGUGCCACUUAAAGACCUCCUAGCCAAAGUUCAGUCUGGUUAUAGAAUGGACUGCCCUGAACGUUGCGAUAAAAUAGUUUACCAACUGAUGCUCAAGUGUUGGUUAAAAGAUGUCAACGAAAGACUUUCAUUCAAACAGAUUGUCCAUGAGUUGGAUGUUAUCAAACCCAAGCUUCUCCCUGCAAUCAACCCAUAGUUGUCUUAUAGGCACCAAUCUUUGUAAAACACAGGGGAGGAGGGGUAGCUGAAUGCGCAAACUUGUGAAACAAUUCUAAUUUAUUGGUUGUAAUGUUUACUGAUUAAUGCAGUGUAAAAAUUUCAGAGUUGGCCUGCCCACCCUGCCACGCAAGGUCUGGUGCCUUGAGUUGUCACGUAACUCUCAGCUUGGCAGUAAAAAGCUACGCCUUCUAAAUUAGACGCACUUAUAUAAACAGCUUGUGGCAAAACAGACCAAAUUUUUUCGAGAUUUUUGUCAAAUUUUAGGUCAAGCUGGCCUUUUGCUUCAAUGUUUUUAUAGUGAUGUCAUAACCACGUACUGUCCCCCAACAAUAACACAAUGUAAAUACUAGAACAAUGAAAUUUAAAACACAAAGGGUGUAAAUCAUGAAAUUUUGUUUUAAAAUUUUUAAUUUGCUUUUUACGUUUGUUUCUAAUAAUCAAAUUUGUUUCAUCACAAUCGGGCCUAAUUCUACCUUUGUUAUUGUUUAUUACGUCAUAAACGCUCCAUCAUUGCCUAUUAUUACGUGUUACUCGGACAAUAUCCUGAUACCGCUGUAUGGAUAAUGUGUAUUGUGAUGAUGCAAUAAAACAAACAAUCAAACGUA